UUUAAGGAAAUGUUUUUGUGAUGGUAGAGUCCAUCAUAUGAUUCAGUUCAUGAGAUUUUCAUAUAGAAAAGGAUUUUGGUGAUAUUCAGAGGUAGCUGUGCCUGUUGUGCCAUGUGAUGGGUCAAACCUCAAGUCAAGCAGACUCCCCCGUGGUGCCUGUGGGGGCACUGCAGGCUCACCUGGACGUGCUGAAGAGGGUAGCUCACCUGACCUACGAGGAGUUCUGCCAGUCAGUGCUGGAGCUCAAUCAAAUCACCAAGACCUUCACUGACCACCGUGGGAAACAGCUGCAGUUUCUUGUGAAGAAGGGCUCGGACUCCACUGUCCUGUGGAAGGCCACGGUCAGGGUCAGGUGCAUGAAGGUAAACACCCAUACCAACAAGUUUGAGUCAUCGCGAUUGUUGUCACUGCGACAGUUUAUCGUCAUGUACCGUGAGAUUGCGGAGCAAGUCGACAACCUGUCGGCCGUAAAACCACUCCUUGGAUCAACUCCUAUCGACAUCACAGCUUCAAAGAUAUUUGAUGAGGUGGCGUCGUCGAACCUAGGCGUGGCAGAUGAGAACGAGUGUUGUAUAUGUAUGGACCGGAAGUCUGAGAUUAUCCUCUCCUGCAACCAUGAGUUCUGUGAGACUUGCAUCGACUCCUGGAACGUGGCACACAACACCUGCCCGCUGUGUCGGUGUAAAGUGGAAAGUACCGAUGACACCUGGGUCCUGGCCGAGAAGCCCCAGAGCUCAGACUACGAGUCAGAAGUCAAGGGAUACCUGGUUGGGCUGGCAGAUCGGAUGCAUGAACCUCGUCAUUGAUGCAAUAAAACUCCUCGGCUCAUCAUUACUCACCAUCAUAUAUCCAGACACUUAGGUCUAACAUGUGGAGACUGACAACAUUCUACAACAAGGGAAGCCCAUCAAGCCGCCUGCAGCUAUAUGUUGUAUUGGUACUUCUUAGAAUGGCAAUGCGUGACUGUUUUUCCUGGUGUUUUCACAUAACAUAUUGGUCAUGUUCUAUCUUUUAUUGUUUCUAACACCACCAGGUAUUGAAGUAAACAGGCAGUAUUUAUACCAGGUUGGAUAUUUGUUUCUGCAGUAUUUGAUGUUCCUGAUAUUUAUUAAUACUCUAAGGUAUAUUGAAACAUAUGCCAAAUGCAUCCACAUUAUAUUGCAGAACUGAGCAGCAAACAGUCAUUACAUCUUGGGUACUCAUUUUUGAAGAUGCACUGAGGGCAUAAUGACUGGUUCAUUGCUGUCUUUGAGCUGGGACAUUUCUAUCCAGUAUACUCUAGAAACUGCUUUAACUAAUACGUGUACCUGGAGUGCCCUUCUGUUCAAUGCUUGUUAUCUUUGCACAGUGAAAGAUCAUGAAUGAUAACUCUUGUUAUGAUUUGUUUCAGUUAAUAGUAUUUUUGAUUACAGCUUCAGUCUUGCAGCUUUACUAUGUUUAUCCCUGGAAAGCAGGAUAGAUUACAAGAUGAUAUAUUUCCUGUCUAGAAGAGCAGGCUACUGAGUUAAGGUCUCCAAAUCAGUUUUGGAGUUGAGAUGUUUUCAUCCUGUAUGUCCUUUCCCAGACAUUAAUCUAUUACUUCUGUAUGGUAUAUGUUCUACAUUUUGCUGUAUUUUUGUUGAUAAUGUUAGAUUUGUGUUGACCUCCCAAUUCUGUAUAUGUUUGCGACAUGGUAGCCAUGUUUGUAGUUGUUGUAGUAGUACUGGGAAACAGACUUCAGUCUGUUGUACUUCUAUCUCCUUGUUCUAGUACUGUCUGUUAUGUUAAGGUAGGGAAGCUAAAGCACGGUGAUGUGUCAGGUAAAUAUCAAAACAUUUAUCCUGAAAUGCUCAUUUAAUGAAAUGAUGACGUUAUAAGUCAUAACAUACAUGCUUUACCUAACUUAUUGUUUAUAAUGUGAUAGUGAUAAUCAGCUUGCUCAUGACUGUCGAGACAUACAACUGCAUGAACUAGCGGAGUAGGGACAGGUGGACCAACAGCUUCAUCAAUUCGGGGGGAACCUGGAUGUACAGAAAUUAUUAAUAACUAGAUAGGUGAUAGUGUUGACAUGUUGUUUAAGUUACUGCAAGACAGUUGUUGUUGUUGUUGUUGUUGUUACAAGUGCUGUUGUUUUCAACUAAUUAGCAGCUUUACAAAAUAGAACUGCUUUAUAGCUUUGUAAAAAUUUGACCACUGCCGUGAUUUUAAAAAAAACUUGUACUGAAAGAUUAUUGGCAUUAGAAAUUGUUCUUCCAUAAACUUCUUCCCAAAUAACCCCCAUAAACUUUCUUUAAAAGAUUAAAGGUCAAAGUCAUGACAAAUAAAUUUUAAAAAUCUAUGUGAUUACACAAUGUAAAAUGAUGUUGAUGCAUUUAUUAACAACUUGGUCUGUACCCUCCCUGGAGUAGGACCAUGCUUUGAAGAAUAUUUGGGGGAGGUUUGCUGGAGUCCUGUCGGUUGGAAUCUGAAGUAUUUCUUCUAGUAUGGAAUAUGAGUUUUCGUGAAGGUUUGAAAUGAUCUUCUGGCAAUAUAUGUACAGCAUUGUAUAUACUGAUAACAGUCUGUAAGAUUAAUGUAUUUAGUGGAAGUGUUUUUUGUUGUUGCUUUUUUUUCCAGUACCAAUAGUCCCAAGUUCCUGCAAAAUACUGUCAAAGUACCUUAUUUAGGGUGCUUUCUGUAAAUAUUAUAUGUCUUUUUGAGGGCAGUGUUAGAUGUCUAUGGGUUCAAAUUCUGCUAAAGAAUUCUGCACAGCCGUUGUAUUUGUUCCAUUACAAGAAUACAAAAAGAGAUUGCAAGUACUGGGAAGCAAGAUCGGGAACUGAGAACAAAAAAUAAGAUCAUGUUUAGCCACAAUAUGAGUUGUAUAUUCUUCCAUGAUGCAUUGAAAACGUUUUGACAUGGAGGUUUGUUUGUAACAUGAAGCUAUGUGUUUCUUGUUAUGGCUGUUUAAGUUGUUUCAAUCAAACUGUUGUUGUUGUUUUGGUAUUUAAUGUUGCAUAAUUUGUUUAGUAAAUUACAAUUUUGUAAAAAAGGUCAUUGAUUAUUCUUUGAAAUUAUAUGACCGAAAAGGCGUCCAUUAUUGAGUUAAAGAGUUUAGAGCAAAUGUGUGUUUUCUUAAAUUCUUCAGUAUGUAUAGAUUUGCCCUAUACUUUGUUAUAUGUUGUUUGAAAAAUGAAUGAAAUGAAAAGUGGCUUGCAUAGAAGUUUGAUAACUCUAUGGUAGGUGAUUCCAAGGGGACAUAACUCUCGUACCAUCAAUCCCAGCAUCAGUUAAACAGAUUGUAUGUUAUAUGUUAUGAAGUGAUAUUGUUAUCAAAGCCACUAGUGAUUUGGUUUGGGUUGCACAGUAUUCUGUGAUGACAAAAAAAAAUACCUGACUUUCACUUAAUUCAUACUGAGUGGGAUUUUAGGACAUUUUGGCAUUUUUGCUCUAUUCAGUGGUAUAGUGAGGCAUUCAAUGGUACUUGGGCAUAUGGUAUACAGCCUUUAUACCUGGUGUGGCAGGUUGUUUAUUUGUUAGCUUUGUUUACUGAUCACCUGACUCAAACAGUAAGAAUGUUAAUAAUCAUUAACAAACAAUAAUUAUUCUAGUUUGACAAUGCCCAAGCAUGACAAUCACUCAGCUAGAUAUGUCACAAAUUGUUUUCCCUGUCCUGACAGGUAAGUGUUGCAUGCUCAGUAACCUGGGCAUGUUCAGUCAGAGAAUUAUACAUACAGCCCAUCUUCCCCAUUCAAGGGAGUUAUCUGACUAUAUAAGUCAAGUUUCCACCCUUGCCGAAUUAGUCUGAAAUUUUUAGGCAUGAUGCCACCUCCAGUGGCUUUUAUGAGUUAUAUCCUUUCCUUGACCUUCCUACUGACCAAUCAGAUUCCACCUCUCACAUCUCAUAUGCAUUUGCUUCAAACAAAAUGGCUGCCUCUGAUCUCAGUUAUAAUGAAGCCCUUUAUUGCAAUAUUGGAAACAUGUCUUACUGUGGUAAGUGCAUCUAAUCUCUUAGGAACCUUGAUUAAAAUCAUAAGAUUUGGAAAAUAUCUGUCAACACCCAAUUAACAAUACACAUGCACUGUUUGUACCUGUAGUUGUUGAAACCUGGGCCCCGUUGCACAAAGCGAUCGUAGCGCUAAGGUCAUCAUAACGCCCAUACGUUAGUGUAGGCUUACGGUAGCCAUAGCGCUAAGAUCGCUCCGUGCAACGGCCCUGUUUGGCAGUUUUGGCAGAGCCAUUAGUCCAGCCAAAAUAUAUCUCCAUAAUAUUAGCCGGGUUAGGCAAAGGUGGAAACCAGACUCUGAUAGUCAGUUACCUCCCCUGUGUCAGGAAGAUGGCACAUUUAUGACAGAUACCUUCCUUUGUACUUCAAGUAGUGUCUGGUUUGUUCCUUCUUCAUAUGAUGCUGUCUUCUUCCUGAGAUAUGGUGAUAUUAUCUCUAUUGAUAGUGUGAUAAAUUCUGACAUGACGGUGAUAUUUAUUCAGAAUGAACUAUAAUAUGCUUUCCGACAGAACUGUGAUAUUUCAGUGUUAUAGAUAGUAUUAUAUUACAAUAGAUGUGUAAAUGUUGUUGAUGUAAUCGUAACCGUAACUAGCAUACCGUUGUAAAUCAUAGCUUGCUUACAGGUGUAUGCCUUAAGGUGCGUUCUCAUGGUGCGACUUUGUUAUUUGUGUAUUUUUUAAGUCGCAUACAACUCGUAUCUCAUGAGAUUCUCACAUAUGAGUCGUCAACAUGAAUUCAUUGAGUGAAGAUUUGUUUCAGUCGUGUCUCCGACAUGAUGUCAAAAUAAACAAUGGGACGUCACUCUGAGGUGGAUAUGGAUCUAAGCAAUUUGAUUGGUCAAGACCUUGCAACUUGUAGUAGGAAUUAGGACAAGUCCUAUGUCUUACAACUUAGCUGCGACUAGUUGUAUGCGAUUUCAAAUCGUUGUGAUUUGAGUGUUCUUAUGUUGCGACUGUGUUGUAUGGUACGAUAAUAAUGUUACUAUAGAUGGCACCGUGUGAAUGCACUUUUACCUUGCAUACCGUGAUAGUUGACUGGCCUAAAGAAGGAACUGGUGAUUGUGUUAUGUAGUAUUGUAUAUAAAUGUUGGAAUGAUCCAAACACCACCUGUCUUGUGUGAUAAGAGUUACUUGUUGAUGGUUAGAGUACCCUGCCCUUGCCAGUUUGGGAGAACAAUUCUGGAAGAAAAGUUUGGAGGCACAGGGGUGGAAUUUUGUCAACAACAGAUUUCCUUUUUUUUUUUUGCCCCUAUCUGUUUGAGAGUGUUUGUCAUCAUAAUCAAGAAAUAAUAUUGUAUCCUAUUAAGUUAGAAUUGUGACAAGUUUGAUAUUGUGUUACAGAACGAUUUUUACGUUAACACUUUGUUUGUCAUGUACAUUGGCCUCGCAGCUGAAGAGAGUAAUGGUAUUGAUUGGCAGGACAUGAUGCUAAGACUGUAUGGCUUCCAGUGUAAGGUUGAACAUGUUAACAAUCAUUGCUGCAUUAUUCAAGUGAAUGGGUUUGUUUUUUUUGCUGCUUUUAGCAAUUUAUAUUCCAGCAAUGUCACAGCAGGGACACCUGGGGUGGUAUUAGUAAAGAAACUGAAGUCUUAUUCCAGACUUAACAUCUUUUAUGAAUACUGCCCCAGGAAUGAGCUUUACACAAUGUACCCAUGUGGGGAAUUGAACCCAGGUCUUUGGCUUUAACCAAUGGUUUAUCCACCAGGCUCCCCCACCUCCAAGUUGCCUUGUUAAUGUUGGCUUGU